AUGGCCCCACCUCGUCGCAUCCUGACAGCCAGCGAGGCUAUUGCCAGAGAUCGUGCUGGUCGUCGGGGCUCAGCUCCGGCUCCUCGCCAUGAGAGGUCCUCGCUCCCCGACGACGUCCCCGAUGUUUAUGAAGCAAUCCUGCUUGGCCCUGGCGAGAACAAGAUCGACGUUGAAGUCGAUACUCGCUUGCCCUCUGCUUGCAUCUUCACCUUCCGCAAGGAGGAUCAUACCCUUGGCAACAUGCUCCGCACCCGUCUCCUGAAGACCGCUCACGUCAUUUUCGCUGCCUACCGCGUUCCCCACCCUCUUACCCCAGAGUUCAUGCUGCGUGUCCAGACGGAUGGCGAGAUUACCCCGCGCCAGGCUGUCAUCAACGCCUCCGAAGCUCUCAUCAAAGACCUCGGUACCCUGUCUCGCGAGUUCACCAAAGAGUAUGAGCUUCGCAAGAUGGCCAACGCUGCCAACCAACAACACACCGAAUAA